UGUCAACAUACCGUCACGGAAGGAGGAGCUCGUAGCUCAGGUCCUUCGGCGCGCCGUAACCCUUCUUUUGAUCGUAUGUGUUUAUUUCCUAAAUGCGUUUGCUUCGUUAUCGAUAAAAAAAUUGUGCCUGGUAUUAAGUGCAGCCCUUGGAAUAUGAACUAAUCACGCAACAACGUUCGAGCGACUGAAAUUCGUCAAAACGAAACUUUCUUUUUAUGCUUUCAACUUCGAAAGAUUUGCAUUACGAAUGAAGCGAGAGAAAUGAAUUGAAAUCCAAAAGAUGCUCAAGGCUUUACUGGAGGAAUAAAUCCCUGCAUCAAUGUCGACGAAGAUGGAAGGAGUCUCCACAAAGAUCUUGACCUGUUUCAUCAUUUUCGUCUUUUGCAUUGGAGAUUUCCUCAGCGCCCUCCACAUCACAGACAUCAAAGUUCCCAGCCCUCUAGCGACGGGCGAGGGCGGCUGGCUGGAGUGUGAGUGGGCAGACGACGGGGACAACAUCUACGCCCUGAAAUGGUACCUGGGCCUCGACGAAUUCUAUCGGUGGACCCCCGCCGAAACCCCUCCCGUCAAGACGUUCCCGGUUAAAGGGAACCCCAUCACGGUGGAUCUCGAGGCGUCGCGUCGAGGACGAGUUCGCGUGGGGCAGGUGACGCUCGAAGCGACCGGCGUCUACCGAUGCGAAGUGUCGGCAGAAGCUCCUUCUUUCCAUACGGAGUCGAAGGUGGCUUCGAUGACCAUCGUAGAUCUCCCAGAUGAUAAGCCACUUAUCACUGGAACUCGGCCUAAUUACCAGCUGCAUGAAGAGGUUCGCCUGAAUUGUUCCUCACCUCAUUCUCAGCCGCCCUCCACCCUCACAUUCCUAGUCAACAAUGAGCAGGCUGACCCAUCAUGGUUAGUGCACUACAAGAGUCGCGAGGACUCCUCCACUGGCCUCGAGACAGCCGUCUUAGGCCUACGCUUCGCCCUCAGACCAAGAAUGAUGCGCCAGGGGUUCGUCAGCGUGAAAUGCAUAGCGCAAAUCUUGGACAUAUACUGGGACAGCAGCGAGACUCUCAUCAUGGGAGACAUGCCCUACCAUGCCUCCGUCAUGGAAGGAAGGGCAUCAUCGGCCUAUAAAUUAUCAGCGGCCACAACAAGUUUAGUGAGCAUGGCGCCGGUGCUCUUUGCGUUCGCGAGGGCGUGGUGAUCAGAAAAGUAAGAAGACUCAAGCAUGAAUGUGGUGUUAGUGUUAACGAAUCUCUCAAAAAUCACGAAAUCUUACCCAAGGGAUAAUCAGUGACAGUGAACGGAGACGUUAAUUUUCAACUGUGCUAGUUUAGAAAUCUUCAAGGACCUGACGAUGUUUCUCAGAGCGGAACGCUCCAUUUUUUGUGCGCUACUUUGUGUUACUUAACAAUGCAAAAACAAACGGGGUUGGUUAGUUGGUUGGACGAGAGACGAAGUACGUAACCAACUGAGGUAUAAGCAUUUAUUCUCCAUGAAAAGUGUACCAAACUCCUACAGACCCAAACUUUCACAGGCAGCGUAUCUGUGAAUAAAGCGGAAGAGGCAUAAGAGUAGGCCUAUUAAACCGUGUGGAGGAAGAAGUGUUCUGCACUUGUCCUGUGAAUAUUUUUGAACUAUGGCGCGAAUAGGCAUAGAUGCUCUUUUAUGUGAUAAACAUACCUUGAGGCCGAAGAAAAGACAAUUGAAACUUACUUGUGGCAUUACGGGAAAGAGUGAUCAAGUACGAUGUAUUGUGGGCAUCCCAUAUCAUUUCUGAAGGCCUUUCAUAGCCGAGCAUUCGAGUGUUCCUACCUGUUCAUGAAAAUCUGGUCGAAAAGACACUUAUCCACGUAUACGGUAAAAACGAGAAAACAAGAAAACCAUUUUAAAACUGAACUAAUUCGUACCUCAUGAAGCCACAUAUAUAACAUAUUUAAAGAUUUUAUAAAUUACACUUAUAUACGUCUCCUCCGGUGCGCGCAAGCAAAUGGGAUAACUCAUUCUUCUGCUCGCGAACAGGCUAGAAGUUGCAAUCGUAAUUGGUGGAAGAAUUAUUUUCUCGAGUCCUGAAGUCAUGACUGCGUAUGUUUACCUAAAAACACUUUGGUAAAAAAAAAAAAAAAACUCUUGCGAGUGAGGAUAGAUAUGACUUAGCAAAUACCAUCUUCCGGGUUAUGAAAAAAAAAGUGAGCUUUUUAAACAUAGCAAAAGCCUGACUUUUGUGUUUAACUCAGUUUACGACACUGAUUCCUAUUGAGGUCUACUCGAGAUCAUAUUCAGAAUUCCUCCCAUUUAAUUGCCAAUUACGAUAAAAAAAUAAAUAAAAAGACACAAAAGCGCGAACGCACAACAUAAACUACACACACACACACACACACACACACACAUAUAUAUAUAUAUAGUCAAACACUCGUUGAUCUAAAACGUGUGUAUAUAAGUGUACAUGGAUAUAUGUAUAUAAGUGUAUAUCAAAGUGUCAUAAUCAGUCACAAACAUGCAUUACAAAUAUACGCUCUCUAUCACAUUCACACGCACAUGAACACACGCACACACAUAAAUACAAACAGACAUACAUACACCUGACAUAAAACUUACAACCGUGAAAUAUAUAUUUUCAAAGGAUACUCCAUCAAGCUUCAAAAUCACAAAAUAUCGAUGAAUGAAAAGUGUUUUAAAUUGUAAAUACUAUCAUGUCGACGUAGCUUGUAUACUUGCGACCUCUUAUUAUAUAAUAUAUAUAUAACUGACUAUACUGUGUAAUCUAUGUACAUUAUUUUAUUUUCCAAAUGAGGAUUAAUAUUGUGACAUUAUUUAUGUGUCGAGGGGAAUUACCACCAUUAUUGUUUUGUCUGUGUAUAUAAUUUCUAAGAAUAAAAACACCCGAACCUCUUU